UACUCACGAUAUUGGAUGUCGCUAUCAGAGUUUUGGCGCGCCCGUAAACACACUGUGAGUGAUUAUCAGUGGAAUGAGGAAAGAAUGGCGAGCUGCACGCACAUCUUCCAGAUUUCUGGGAUCAAGAUCCGGGAUAAGAAAAGAGUUUUGGUCAAGAAAAUCCAGCAGCUCGGUGGGAAGUACAUUGGCGGCUCAGUCUAUCAGCAUGCCUCCACCCAUCUCAUUAUCCCUCAGGUGUUGUCCAGUGAGAAGUUUUUGGCAGCCUGUGCUGCAGGAAAGUGGGUUGUGACUCCAGAAUAUGUGCUGGACAGUUUUAAGAAUGGUUCCUGGCUCACGGAGGGACCCUACGAAAUUGCCAUUUCCACAGGUGUCGCGUCUUCCGUCUACCCCGUCAGGCAGUGGAGGGAGAAGGUGGCUAGUGGGAGGCUAACCGGGGCCUUCCAAGGCUGGAGGGUCCUUCUGAUGGUCCAAGAGCCCACCCGCAGGGCCAUGUUCAAACGGCUCCUGAAAGCAGGCCGGGCCAAAGUAUACUGCUGCCCUCCUCCCACUCAUGCCUCUGUCACUCAUGUCAUGGCUAAACCCGUAACGGAGGACUCAAAAUCCCACAAUGCUCCGUGCUACCCUGUCAGCCACAUUGUCCAGCACCUCUUUGGGAGCCAUUGUGUGGAUAUGAAGUUCAAUAUAAAGGAAGAUCCUCCAGAAGAGACAACAAAGGACAGUUGUGUAGAUGUGGACUUCUCUAAGCUGGAGAAAGAGCUGCGGGACUAUGUCAUCAAACAAGAGGGCCGGCCGAGACUGGGCCUGCUUGAAUUCCUGGGUUACCAUGACCCGCACCGGCCUCAGUCCCAGGCUAUAGAAACUGACUUCAGCAAUGUUGGUAGUAUGAUAGAGUGUGGUCUCUUCACUGAAGCCUUGGACUCAAUCAGAAGUGCUAUGUUCCCAGGCCUGCUGCCACCAGCGCCAUACCUGGUCUCCCUCUUAGAAUAUGCACAGCAGGGUAACGCCACAUCUGUCUUCCUGAGAAAUUUCCAGCAGGUCAUGUAUAACCUGCUUGUCACCAACCCUCCCUGGCUGGCUCCUAGCACAGUGAAAAAAUAUUUUUCCAAGGUGUUGCAGUGCCCUCGCUGCAAAACAGGCCCGUGGCCUUAUCUAGAGACAGCCAUCAGUUACUGCCUGUCUAGUGAGGUCAGUUGCCACCCGCUCCCUGGACCUGCCCUGCCAACACUGUUACAUUUCCAUCGUGACCUCCUGGCAUUUUUCCUCAAGCUCUUCCAGGGGGAACUCCACUCUGUCACCAGCGGGGAGUGUGUGCAGUCUGAGGGAACCGGAGUCUCUCAGGCUUCAGCUUCAGGAUCUUUGCUGUAUGGAACCUUCUGGACUGUGUGGGAGCGCUCCACGCUGUUGUCCCGAGCUGUGAAACAACUAACCCAGCUCUUGGUGCAGGCUGUCGUCGAGGACUACGCUGAGAGGGGCGAGAGGCAGACGCUGCGUUUGGCCGACACUCUGCUGGACCUCCUGUCUGUGUUGGUGGAGUUCUGGUGUCAGCAGCACUUCAAGCUGAACAAGAACCUGGUGGAAAAGGGCCUGACAGACCUAGCAGAGCACGUUGCCGUCAUCAGCCAGGAUGUGUCUCCGGAGGUUCUGGCAGAGCUGGUUGUCAGGAUCCGCUCCACCAGGCUUAAGUUGAUGAUAGCAGAUUCCAUAUUUCGGAGUCUGUGCUGCAGAAGUGGAUUCACAGUUGGAGAUGAACCCCUCUCUUUUAAGAAAAUGGUGCUGUCCUACAUACCUGCUCUGGAGAAUUUAGCUCAGAGUCCCACCGAUGCUCGCCUGAGGACCGGACUCGCCUCCCACAGCUGCAGCAGCCAGGGGAGCGACUGCAGGGCUGAGAGCUCGUUGGCCAAUGAGACGAGCUCGGAGAAAGAGAACAUCCCCAGAGGCUUGAACAGAGUCAACGCGGCAGGAGAGACCCUCCUCCACAGAGCUUGCAAGAGGAACCAAGUGGAGACGGUGCUUCAGAUCCUGUCGCUUCCCGGCACGGAUAUCAACGUUAAAGACCACGCCGGCUGGACACCUCUGCAUGAAGCGUGCAACCACGGCAGCACUGCGUGUGUGGAGGCGUUGCUACGUCACCGCCCCGCCCCUGUGCUAAAUAACCAGGUGGGCGGAGUCAGCCCACUUCACGACGCCGUGCGGAACGGACACACGGACAUCGCCAAGAUGCUCCUGGAGCACGCAGGCUCCGUCAUCCUGCAGCAGAAGGAUGGCGCCGGGCGGACCGCACUGGAUCUGGUCUCUGCAGCGAGUCAGAGAGAGGAGCUCCUCCACAGCGCGACCGCGGGGGACUCCGCCCUGAGAAGCGACUCGCCCGAGCCUCGGCUGAACCUGCCCCUCGUGGAGGCCGGAUCCUCUCUGCUGGCCCACCUCAUCUUCUCCUACCAGCGAGAGAGGGGCCUCCCCGGCCACGCGCAGCCCGGCGACCAGUCCCAGAGCUUGGGCCGCACGCUGCUCCGGGCCCUGGAGACCCACUCCCACCAAACGGUGACUCUGGGAUGGACCAACCAGCGGGCGGUGAAGCUGGUGGAGGAUGCGGAGACGCUGCUGGAGCUUGGCAGAGGGAGUUACCUGGGGCAGGUGUCUCUGGCAGUGAAAGAGUGCAAAGGAGAGAACACACAGUUCCUGAUGGAGAUACUGGAGGAUCUUAAGUCUCGGGGGGGGGGGGGGGGGGCACUAGUGGCUGAUCUGUGACGCGGGAUCAAUGGACAACUCACUGAGUGAAUUGAAUGUACAACCUUUGAUUGAAUGCUAACAAAAGGGCGUCAGGUGUCGGUUAUAUUCAAUGUUUUUUAUUUCAUCAUACAAUUCAUCCAGGCAUUAAAAUAUCGUCACAGGCAACAAACAUCUGUGAAUGUAGGCCUCCAAAAUGUAACGACAUUAUUCAUUUCUACAGAGAGACCUUUAUUGGUCCACCAUGGUUUGGAUCUAUUUCACUACUUUCUUUUAUAUUUCAUUUAUUUAUUUUGAAUAGUCUGAGUUGCAUGUUUUUUUAUAGCAACACACUAAUGUUAUUUCGACUCUCACUACCUCAAGUUAUUGUUUAUCUACUUUUGUAAUGUUGAAAUGUGAUUUUAUUAUUUUUUUACGUUACCUAUUUAUAAUAAAAUAAAUACGAAUAACUUCAUACCAAGUUGUUAAUAGAUUCUGAUAGCAAUACAUUUGUAGAAAGUGGUCAAGAAUGUUGGGGUGGGUGGAGAGAAGAGGGGGGGGGGGGGGACCUGACAUUCGAAGGUAGUCAGUACCAGGGUUCGUACAGUCAUGGAAAACCUGGAAAAGUCAUGGAAUUUUAAAAUGCUAAUUUCCAGGCCUGGAAAAGUCAUGGAAAGUACUUAACCCUUGUGUUGCCUUAGGGUUAUUUUGACCCGAAUCAAUAUUACAUCCUCCCCCCGCCUUAGGAUUAAUUUGACCCCAUUCAAUGUUUAAUGUCGGUGUUCUUUCGGUAGUCAACAAACAAACAUAAAGUGCCUCACACUUAAACUUGGAAAACAAUAUUAAUUCUAAUAAUUUUCUGGAGGUUUUAAUUGCUGGCGUCAAAUUGAACCCAAAGGGUAAAAUAUGUUAGUAAAUAUAAAGGUAACAGGAGGGUGAAACAUUGAAUCGGGUCAAAAUGACCCAAAGGCGGGGGGAGGGUGUAAUAUUGAUUCGGGUCAAAAUGACCCUAAGGCAACACAAGGGUUAAAUCACAAAAGUUUUGGAAAUGUUUAUUCUUUUAAUCAAACUACUGUCUCAUUCAUUUGUUUCAUUUAAGGUGUAUUGUAUGCUUUGUAAUUCUCAUUGUUUGAAUACUACAUUUUCAAAAAUGUUCAUGUAUACACCGAGAUUUCACUUUGGUCAUGGAAAUUUGGUUUAAAGUCCUGGAAAAGUCCUGGAAACCCAUUGGUCAACAUGUGUAAGAACCCUGAGAUGAAUGGAGGAAUGAGAUUUUUGACAAUUUGUAAUAAUCCAGACACUCCAAAGAUGCAAAAAAAUAUUUAAUCUUG